CUUUUGGGGCAUUAAAUUAGUUUGCUGCAAGAAAUCAAUAACCUAAAGCAUGCAAGAGUUCUAGAGUUUGUGUAAGCUUUGCAAGAUCUAUUCAAGAUGACUAAAAUUUCUGUGAUGUCGUCGUUGGUACUGGUGCUAGCAGUACUAGCUGGACUGUGCCUUUCAACUGCUAAAGCUCAGACAAUAAACCCAUGUGAUGGAAGUGUGGAUGCACAACCAUUCAUAUAUAAUAUCUCGGAUUUACAUGAAACCAUCUGUCCUAAUCCUCCUAUUCCUGGGUAUCAAGAUGUUCUGCUGUGCACCCCAGCCCCAGCGCCAGCAUCAGGGUACGUGGUCACUGCUCCCGAACAAGGUGUUCCACGUCCGGAAAUCUGUCUGAUGAUGAAUCCCACCUCCUGUGUUACAGUUAUAGAGGGAGAGUCUGUUGGAAUUCUGAUUCAACUGAGCAAUUUUUCAAUGACCGAACGACUUGAGAUUGAGAUUUUAGUAGAUUUGAAUGUUUUCUUCGGUAUUGGUAGCCGUCCCCUUCAUAUUGUUUCUGGUAAAAAUUUGUCGAUACCUGGGAGUUUAGUAAUUGCAGAAAGAGUUACUGGCGUGUUUCUGUUAACGAAAGUGUGUGAAAUUCUGGUCGAUGGCACAAUUAUCAAUAGUGAAUUCACCACUAAUCCAGGCAGAAGUGAUUGUUUAAAGGCGGCAGUUGGCUCGCUAAAUAUUGACUCCGGUGUUGCACAAUCGAUUACACUCAUACCACCCCGGGCAUCUUCUGAGCAGAGAAUAGCCACCUUAUUCCUCAUCUCCAAUUUUGAAACUUGUUCUCCAACUGUAAAGAAGUUGUCCAAUGUAUUCACUGUUAACAUUACGAUCAACCAAACAACAACUCUUGGUACCACUUCACCACCUACAGGGCCUCUACCACCACAGGGUACAGAGUCAGGUGUGAUCAUUGGCGGUGUUGUUGGUGCUAUUGGUUUUUUGCUGUUGAUAGCAAUUGUUGUAGUGGCAAUAAUCUCCUAUGUGGUGUAUAGACUAAAAAAUCCUCCAAGAAUCGAUUGUGAAAAUCAUACAGAUGGUCCUACAGAUGGUCCUACGAAGUAUGCUGUAUCUAAAGAAUUGAGAAUUUCUGGUAAUUACAACACUGGCCAUUUCACUAGAGACAGUGGGGUUGGAUAUUCGCCUUUUGCUCCCCGCACCCCGGCUGACGACUGCACAGUCAUUGUUGCUUGGGACUACAAUGACCCUUGGUACUUAAUAUUGAAAGAAAAACUUGGAACGAACUUUCAAUCGAGUGUGAAGGAGCUAGUAUUGACUGAGGACUUAAAAGAGUUUGAGAGUCAUUUUAAUGAAAAGCUGUUCUUGCCUGAAGUCCGGCAUCUGCUUCUUAUUGAGAAUGUAGACGAAGCAAACCAUCAUUCGUUUUAUUCAAGCUGUCUUGAAAAGUUCAUUGGAAGUAUUGAGUCUGGAGCGUGUGAUGAACUGUCCAAAGUGUGGUAUAUACGACUCGGUUCUCCUGAGGAGUUUGAUACACACACUGCUAUCCAUAGACUUGGCAUCACUCAAUCUAAAGCUAGCACGACAGGUGAAGAGUGUGCCCAUGCAAUACACGAGCAAAUUUAUAGCUAUGAUUCCCUACACUUGAGUAGUGGUCCUCACGACGAGAAAACAUCAUCAUUUCCUGAGAAGGUGUUGGAAUACCUUGAAGAUAUCAAAUCCAAUAGUGCAGUAUCUGUUCACAACACACAAACUCUCCAAAGCACUGUGGGUGUAUUAGCAGAAAAUGUACAAAAGGUCAAAUCAAAUACAGAAGAGACUAACGAGACAACUAAAAGAACACUCACUUUAGUGGAAAAUAGUGCUGAACAACAAGAAAGAGAGACUCUUGUCAUGCCAGAUGAUGCUGAAGAACCUAAUACAGAGUCAUGACCUUUUUCUUCACACACACGCUACUGAUUUUACUGGUAACUUUACAGCUACUUUGUUCAUUGCUCAUUCACUGUCCGUUCAUUUAUGUUCAUUUUCUGUUUUGUUUUGUCAAAAUAUUUCAUGAAGUCACUUUUCACAGCAAUUUAUAUAAGCUACAUUGUACAUUAA